AUGGCUGCCAACAAGGCUAAGGCAGAAGCCACAUCCAGUGCCCAGGUGACAGCAGAGGAACCGGUACAGCAGCCCAGCGUGGUCACCCGGGUGGCCAACAUGCCCUUCAUCAGCUCCACCUGCGACAUGGUGUCUGCGGCCUACGCCUCCACCAAGGAGAGCUACCCCCAAGUCAAGUCCGUCUGCGAUGUGGCAGAGAAGGGCGUGAGGACCCUGACGGCCGCUGCGGUCAGCGGAGCCCAGCCCCUCCUGUCCAAGCUGGAGCCGCAGCUUGCGUCCGCCAGCGAGUAUGCCCACAAGGGGCUGGACAGGCUGGAGGAGAACUUGCCCAUCCUGAAGAAGCCCCCCGAGAAGGUCCUGGAGGACACCAAGGAGCUCAUCUCAUCCAAAGUGUCAGGCGCCCGUGAGAUGGUGUCCAACACAGUGUCCAGUGCCAGGGACACCGUGGCCAACCGAGUGACAGAGGCAGUUGACAAGACCCGAGACACCGUGCAAAGUGGGGUGGGCAAGACCAAGUCCGUGGUGACCAGCAGCGUCCACUCUGUCAUGGAGUCCCGCGUGGGUCAGAUGGUCCUGAGCGGGGUUGACACAGUGCUGGGCCGGUCGGAGGAGUGGAUGGACAACCACCUGCCCAUGACGGAUGAGGAGCUGGCCGGCAUCGCCACAUCGGUGGAGGGCGCGGACGUGGCCUCGGUGCAGCAGCAGCGCCAGGAGCAGACCUACUUCGUGCGCCUGGGCUCACUCUCGGCGCGGCUGCGCCAGCACGCCUACCAGCACUCACUGGGCAAGCUUCAGAAGACCAGGCAGAGGGCCCACGAGGCACUGCAGCAACUGUUGCAGGCGCUGAGCCUGAUGGAAACGGUCAAGCAGGGUGUGGAUCAGAAGCUGGUGGAGGGGCAGGAGAAGCUGCACCAAAUGUGGCUCAGCUGGAAGCAGAAGCAGAUCAAGGAGAGCGAGGAGAACCCGGCCAAGCCAGAGCAGGUGGAGUCCCAGGUGCUCACCAUGUUCCGGGACACGACGCAGCAGCUGCAGGCCACCUGUGCCUCGCUGGCCUCCAGCCUGCAGGGCCUGCCCAGCAACAUUAGGGACAAGGCCCAGCAGGCCCGCCAGCAGGUGGAGGGCCUGCAGGCCACCUUCUCCGACAUCCACUCCUUCCAGGACCUGUCCGGGGCCAUCAUGACCCAGAGCCGUGAGCGCCUCACCAAGGCCCGCGAGGCCCUGGACGAGAUGGUGGAGCACGUGGCCCAGAACGCACCCGUCAACUGGCUGGUCGGGCCCUUCUCCCCCGGACUCACCGAGAAAGCCCCAGAAGACCAGAAGUAG